AUGGGUGCAUCGAGGAAGGGUCCAUCACUGCUGCUAAGACACAUAAAUUGCAGCCUUUCUGCAUUAGCGCAUAUUUAUGAACAACAGGCGGGGUUGGGGGGUUCCCUCUCCACCGCGUUAACAAAAUCCAACCCAUUGAGUGUAUCCCCGUUUCCGCAUGAACCAACAACAGCGGAAGAGGGUGAACGUGUAUUGAGCUUUUUCUGUGAGGAGUUAGGGAUGGGUGCAGAUGUUCUGUCCACCUGGCGCUUUCAGCUGCAUGAGUCUAUUAAUCGACGAUGGGGGCCGCCUUAUUCUGGUGCACCUGACAAAAUGAAUCUAGCAAGCGCAGCGCACCCUGCCACGUUGUCUUCUUCACCUGAAGCGAUUUCGGUUCAACAGGGUCUUGAAGACAAGAUCUUUCCCAGUUCAGGAUCUUCCGCUUACACCAAGGUUGAUGGCGAUCGAAAGCUGUGGUUUAUGCCACGAGCGGCGGAUUCGGCGUUUAUCAACAGUUGCCGCUUUGAUUUGAAGGCCAUUAUCUCACCGUUCGUUACCCUCAGUCCACGUGGUUAUUCAACAUGGUCUGCCGCGAUUGACACAUCACAAUCACCGCCGCGAGCCCACUCGCAGACAAGCAGGUUCUAUGCAACCAAGCAUAUACCCGCUGGGAUGUUUGUGCUGAGCCUCCCAACUGAGGCGGUGUUCUUUGCGGAUCCGCCCCGCGCGACGGAUCCACUACUUGAUUAUUUUAUUCACUUGGAGGAUCUGGCUGGCCAGUUGAUCUCCGUUUCUGACGACCCGACGGCGCCGCACUUCGGGUACGUGCAGUAUCUUAAGGAAAACGUUGUGCCUGUUCGGAACUUGCCCUUUAUAUCGCGUGAGGAGGUAAUGAAAUUGUUGAAAAUCCACAUCGCUUCGGCAGAAAACCAAGCGGCGGGUUCAGUGGUUUCAUCAUUUCCCCCACCCACCCUUACAGCGGUUUCGCAAGAGGACACGGCGGAACCGCGCACCGCCUCGACACCCAUGAGUCCCGCGCUUAGUUUGUGGGAUUUUUUUCAUCAGGAUAUGAAAGGUGAGCCACUCAGCCCAUACGUGCGUGAGAAGCUCCGUUUCACGUCCCCAUUUCCAUCCGACGGGGACCGUCACACAGCGGCAAACCCGACACAAUGGGCGAUUGGCAAAGCUGAGUAUGCGUGGUGGAUAAGCCUCGUUCUCUCCCGCCGAGAGGGCUCUGCGACGUUGGUUCCGCUUAUUGAUAAGCUCAAUCACAGCCCAUUACCCAACACGUCCUUCACGAUGAGCACCCCCAGCUCCUUGUGCGGGAUCGACGUCCUGGACAACCUCUUCGCCGGAGUGCCGUUGGAGUGGCUGUGUCAUCCUUACGUCCACGUCUUUACCAUACGCGAGGUACAGCCCGGGGAGGAGCUUACCUUGUGUUACACUUCCGCACCGGACGGGUUGUAUCGUCCACGGUCAACGGCGGCACAGCCACCCAAGCCGGCUUUUCUCAACCCCGGCAUGGCGGCGGGCUCGUCUUGGACGCCCCAACAGAUGAAGGGGGGGGAGCUCGAAGGCAUGGGGCCGGAGCCAGAGCGGCGGGACCGUCGACAGGACGACCUUUACGAGCAAGCCCUUGAUGUGCUUUUCACAGAAAGAGGAGGGGAGGCAUCAGGGCAGGGUUUGUCUGUAUUAGGUGGGGGAGGGAACCUCCACGCCUCGGCCCGUCGCUACUUGCACCCUGGGCCGCAUCUGGCUCAGAGCCCCGAGGGCAAGGCCGCCUGGCAGCUGCAAUGGGGUUUCGUGCCUCCUGUCGACGCCGUCUACAGCGCGUCGGAUCUGAGGGAGAUAGGGGCACUAGUGGCGGAGCGAAGAGUCGAUUCCAGGAGUUUGUUGUUUCCCCCUUUUCUCUCCGCUCACCAAUAG